UCGCACCUGCUGCCAAUCUCCUCAUCAGCUCAUCACUGUCACAGGCCAGAUCAGCCUCAGGAAUAAAUACACAGCCGUAGCCAUGCUGUCCUGUACACAUCUAUCCCGAUGGAAGCCUUAACCCUUUCUGCAUAUAACUUCGGCGGCUAUCCGGGCUAUUUCCCUCUUUACCAUGGGAACACGAAAUUCAAACCCCAGCCCUGGAGCAGAAAGGGCAGCUUUGGUGUCGUGCCUGAGAUUCCUGAUUAUUUUGAACUCUACAAACGCGCUCAGUUAAAAGCUAUUUUGUCUCAGGUGAACCCAAAUUUAACCCCCCGCCUGCGUAAAGCCAACACUAAAGAGUGCGGGGUUCAGGUGAAUCCGAAAGUCAGCGCCGCGGUCCAGUGCUCUCUCGGACCCAAGACGCUGUUCUAUCGCGAGGAGAAGCGGGAUUCUCCGGAAACCAGCAGUCCGCUGGGACUCGAGCUUCCCAGCACCCCGGUGAACAAUGUGCGCUUCUCCCGGCCCGUGGCGAUCUACUCGCCCGUGUUUGACCGCAGGUUUUUCUCCAUGCCAGCCCAUGCUGAUGAGCCGGACAGUAAGGAUGUGAAGCUGGGCAGCGGCGAAGAAGAAAACUGCGCAGCGGAAGUAGAGACGCGCGAGACCGAGAAUGCACAGGGGAACGAGCUUCAGAGUCGCGCGCCCGCAAGGUUUAACUUUCAGUUUCUGGAGCAGAAAUAUGGCUACUACCACUGCAGCAAGUGCAACAUUCGCUGGGAAAGCGCAUACGUCUGGUGCAUCUCUGGAACUUGCAAGGUUUACUUCAAGCAACACUGCAGAAAGUGCCAAGCUGGACUGAACCCCUACAGAGUGGAGUCUAUUCAGUGUCAGGUAUGUGCACGGACACGCUGCUGCUGUGAGCAGAAGCAGAGGCACAUUGACAUUCGUCGUCCUCACCGCCAGGAUUUGUGUGGCCGCUGCAAGGGCAAGAGGCUGUCCUGUGACACCACCUACAGCUUCAAAUACAUAGUCUGACCUGUCUCUCUAACAAUCUUUUUAUAAUUCUGAUGACCAUGAAUUUUUGUAUUGUGUAUUAUAUUCCUGAAUAAAAUGUAC